UUGAUUGACUGGAUCCGAGCUGGCUACUGCUGCUGCUGGUGCUGCUGCUGGUGCUGCUCCGCCCUCCCGCCCCCUCUGCGCUGGGCCCUGGUUCUGUUCUGGGUGCAUGCUUGGUCGGUCUCUCCGUCACUCGCUGUUGACUUGUGUGUCCUGCUUCAUCACCAAAUACGUUCUCGAACACUUGUCGCCUGACGGAUAGCGGUCGUUGGGUCUUUGUGGAGUGCGCACAUCGGCUGCAACAUCAGCAAACGGCGCACCAGCCACAAGAGGCGGCGGCGGAGAAAGCGGCCAUUGGUGACCCACCACCUCUGGUAGACUUCAUUUCGCGCCAUUGUGCGCGUCGAAAUAAACUUUCUUUCCCACUGCAACUCCUGUCCAGCCCCGUCGCCCCAGUGGAACCAGAGACAUGGCCAAGUUUGUUAAGAACGUCACGGUGAUCGACUACCAGCGGCGUCGAGCCCCUUCCAAGCAUUAUGUGUAUGUCAUCACUGUGGUCUGGUCUGAUGGUUCAGAGGUCACCAUUUAUCGCCGUUACAGUCAGCUCUUCGAGUUCCAUACAUCCCUGCUGGACCGAUUUCCCGAAGCUGCUGGCGCCACUGGCGAAGAGCGCAUCAUCCCAUUCUUGCCCGGCAAGAAGAUCUUUGGUCGUAGCCACACACACAAGGUUGCUCAAUCCCGCGCCAAGCCCAUUGAUGAGUAUCUUAAGGUGCUCAUUUCCCUGCCUGCCGAGUUGUCUCGCUGUGACCUGGCACUGGAGCUCUUUGAGGCGACCAAUACGGACAUCGCUCCCCCCUCCGAGCAAGAGCGCGAACUUCCAUCGCGAUAUACACUCAACCCACCUUCGCCAUGCGCUCCGGGCUCUCGUGCUCUUUUGCCAGUGAUGGUCUUGGACCAGUACCGCGCCGUGGCCGACUAUACAAAGCAAGAUCGCAAAGAGCUCUCCUUCAAAACGGGAGACAUCUUUGAAGUUGUGGAGAAGAAUGACAAUGGUUGGUGGUUUGUGAGCAACGAUUCAGCCUCGCAAGGUUGGGUUCCCGCAACCUUCUUGGAGCCUCUUGAUGGUGAGUUGCCUCUCCUCUCCAUCUUCAUGCACGAGAAAUACAUCACUACGGCCGCAUACGCUGCUUCAAGUGACGAUGAAAUUGGCUACGAAAAGGGCGUCGUUGUUCGUGUGCUCGAAAAGAAGUUGGAUGGUUGGUGGCAGGUGGAAUACCAGGGCAAAGUAGGCUGGACACCAGGUACCUUCCUGAAACGUAUCGAGGUAUGUCAGUGA